UCUUCUUUAAUUUUCCUUUUCCUCCAACAAAUUUCACUCUUCAUUUUCUCAGAUUCUCUUAUUGUUUCUUCUACUCAUUCCAAAUCCUGAUCGUUUAAAACUUCCGGAGAGAUUCUAACCGGAGAAAGAUUCAGGUAACUUGACAGAGAAUCUUGUUCUUUAACAAAAUCAAAGAUGGUAUCGAAAACUCCUUCUACAUCGUCUGAUGAAGCAAAUGCUACUGCAGAUGAAAGAUGUAGAAAAGGUAAAGUACCUAAAAGGAUUAACAAGGCUGUUCGUGAGAGGCUUAAGCGUGAGCAUUUGAAUGAGCUUUUCAUUGAAUUAGCCGAUACGCUUGAACUGAAUCAACAGAAUAGUGGGAAAGCUUCUAUACUAUGCGAAGCUACUCGGUUUUUGAAAGACGUGUUUGGUCAAAUCGAGUCUCUUAGAAAGGAGCACGCUUCCCUCCUCUCUGAAUCUAGCUAUGUAACCACAGAGAAGAAUGAGCUCAAGGAAGAAACAUCAGUGCUUGAGACUGAGAUCUCGAAACUACAAAACGAGAUCAAAGCAAGAGCGAGUCAGUCGAAACCCGACUUGAACACCUCUCCUGCACCCGAGUACCAUCAUCAUCAUCAUCAUCAACAACAUCCUGAACUUGCAUCUCAGUUCCCAGGACUUCCCAUUUUCCAAGGCCCUGGCUUUCAACAAUCUGCUGCUACUUUUCCUCCUCCUGCAACAGUUCUUGUCCUUCCGAUACAACCCGAUCUCCAGACACAAGAUAUCUCAGAAAUGACACAAGCGCCGCCUUUGAUGUAUAAUACCUCAAAUAAGAGAGAACUGCUUCAGACUUCCAAAUCCCAAAGUUUUGAAGUUAAGGCCGCAAACAAUAAUCCUCAGAGCACUAAACCAAACAGUUUAGUUUGUGCAAAUUGUGAAGGGAACGGUUGUGUGGCAUGUUCUCAAUGCAAAGGAGGUGGUGUGAAUUUGAUUGAGCAUUUCAAUGGUCAGUUUAAAGCUGGUGCACUCUGUUGGCUUUGCAGAGGUAAAAAGGAGGUGUUGUGUGGGGAGUGCAAUGGAGCUGGUUUCAUUGGUGGGUUCUUGAGCACCUUUGAUGAAAGUGUUCCCACAGAGAGGGAGAAUGAGCAGGCGAUAGCGAUUCUGAAGAAAGGGGCAUAUCUGUUGAAAUACGGCCGUCGUGGGAAGCCUAAAUUCUACCCUUUUCGGCUUUCAAGUGAUGAAAUAUAUUUGUUAUGGUAUUGUGGUAAAAAGGAGAAACGUCUUAAACUGAGUUCUGUGACAAGGAUCAUACCUGGACAGCGAACUGCAGUUUUCCGACGAUACCCUCAACCCACCAAGGAAUAUCAAUCCUUUUCUCUUAUAUAUGGCGAACGGUCUCUCGAUUUGGUAUGCAAGGACAAGGAUGAAGCUGAGUUCUGGCUCACUACACUUCGCGCUCUUCUCUCACGAAACAACUCUUCUUCUGCAUUGGUACUUCACUCAAGAAGCCGUAGUUUUGCUCCUGAAAAUGGAGAACAAAGUAGUACGAGCAAGAACUCUAAGUCCAACAUCAGAUCUGUCAGCAGUGACACAAGCUACGAGGAACAUGCAAAAAAGGCCUCAGGAUCUCACUGCAACACUCCACAGAGACUGGGGAAAGUUUUCUCAGAGGUUUUGUCACAAACUGCAGUACUAAAGGCACUCUCUUUGGAUGAACUGGUUCAUAAACCUCAUACUUCGCCUCCAGAGGCUAUAGAGAAUCGAUCUACUAAUCACUCCCCUGCCGUUGAUACAAGUAAAUAUAGCGUUUCCAGCGCAGUGAGCUCAUCUAGUCAAGGCUCAUGUUUUGAAGACUUGAAGUCUCUCUGUGAUGUCUUUGUUUGGGGAGAAAGUAUUGGAGAUGGGCUACUAGGAGGUGGCAUGCAUAAAAGUGGCAGCAGCUCGUCUCUGAUGACUGAUUCUUUUUUACCCAAAGUCUUGAAAUCACAUGUGGCACUUGAUGCACAGAGCAUUUCUUGCGGCACCAAUUAUGCAGUGUUAGUCACAAAGCAGGGACAAUUGUACAGCUGGGGAGAAGAAUCUGGUGGCAGGUUAGGACAUGGAGUUUGUUCCUAUGUUCCACACCCAAAGCUUAUUGAUGAAUUUGACGGAUCAACGGUAGAGUUAGCUGACUGUGGGGAAUUUCAUACCUGUGCUGUAACAACCUCAGGGGAUCUAUAUGCUUGGGGUGAUGGAGACCACAAUGCCGGUCUCCUUGGACUUGGUAGUGGAGCUAGCCAUUGGAAACCGGUACGAAUUCUCGGUCAGAUGGAAGGUAUAAAUGUAAGAACUAUAUCUUGCGGACCUUGGCAUACAGCUUUUGUGACAUCAGAAGGUAAACUGUUUACUUUCGGUGAUGGUACUUUUGGUGCGCUUGGACACGGUGAUCGUAUAAGCACAAACAUUCCUAGAGAAGUCGAGGCGCUAAAUGGCUGCAGAACAAUUAGGACAGCUUGCGGCGUUUGGCAUUCAGCUGCUGUUGUCAGUGUUUUUGGUGAGGCCACAUCAUCAGGAAAGCUCUUUACUUGGGGUGAUGGAGAUGAUGGGAAACUCGGACAUGGUGAUAUAGAGUCUAGACUAAUCCCAUUGAGUGUAACUGAACUGGAUACAACUAGCUUUCAACAGAUAGCUUGUGGCCAGAGCAUAACUGUUGCUCUCUCUAUGUCUGGACAAGUUUAUGCUAUGGGAACUGCUGAUCCGAGUCAGGAUAAUGUUGUGAGAGCUCCUUCUUGUAUUGAAGGGGGUCUAGGAAAGAGUUUUGUCCAAGAAGUGGCUUGCGGGCUUCACCAUAUCGCGGUUUUGAAUUCGAAGGCUGAGGUCUACACUUGGGGCAAAGGAUCAAAUGGACAGCUCGGGCACGGAGACACUGAAUAUAGACGCAUGCCGACUCUUGUGAAAGCUUUGAAAGGUAAACAAGUGAGAAAAGUAGUGUGUGGAUCUAAUUACACAGCAACCAUUUGUCUUCACAAACCAAUUACCGGUACUGAUAGUUCUAAGUGCUCUGGUUGUCGCCAUCCUUUUAAUUACAUGAGGAAGCUUCACAACUGUUACAACUGUGGGAGUGUCUUCUGUAAUUCAUGCACUAGUAAGAAAUCAUUAGCAGCAGCAAUGGCUCCCAAGACGAACAGGCCUUACCGUGUUUGUGAUGACUGCUAUAUCAAACUCGAAGGAAUUAGAGAAUCUUUAGGAACUCCCGCAAAUAGUGCCAGGUUUUCAAACGCAAGUCUACCAUCUAGCAGUAACGAGAUGGAUGAAAUUGGUACAACACCGCAGCGUCAGCUUCUUCAUAGGGUGGAUUCAUUUGAUUUCUUCAGACAAACUAAGAUCCCGGACCUGAAAACCAUUGGUGAAACUUCAGGAACAAGCUGCACGUCGUCGACUCACUCAAAUAUGGAUAUUAAAGGUAGUUUCAACCUGAAAGGCAUACGGCGACUCUCCAGGCUGACCUCUUUUGAUUCAGUUAAAGAAGAAGGCAAACAACGUUCCAAGCAUUGCGCUUCGAAAUCAGACACAUCCUCUCUUAUAAGACACUCAGUGACGUGUGGUCUCCCAUUUUCACGUAGAGGUUCUGUUGAGUUGUUUCCUUUAUCGAUAAAAUCCAGCCCGGUUGAAUCCGUUGCGACUACUUCAGACUUCACCACCGACAUUACAGAUCAUGAUUUACUGCAAGAAGUGCCAAAGAAAUCAAACCAGUGCCUAAGCCAUGAAAUAUCAGUACUCAAAGCACAGGUGGAAGAGCUUACUCUAAAAUCGAAAAAACUAGAAGCCGAACUGGGAAUGACUUCAAAGAAACUUGAAGUUGCGGUACUAAUGGCUCGCGAUGAUGCAGAGAAGAUCAAAUCUUCAGAAGAGAUAGUCAGAUCCCUAACUCUGCAGUUGAUGAACGCGACCAAGAAAGAAGUAGACAAGACAAGGAGACGCCGAAACUCGUUUUGAUUUAAACCUUUUGAACUAUAGAGAACAACCUCUAAUUUGAUCAAAGUAAGUGAAUAGAAUGUAAAAUACAAG